UCCUUUUAAGCCAUUUGAUUAGUCUCUUAAUUUAUUUGUUAAUCGUGAUUAGCUAUUCUCUCUCCCUCUCUCUCUCUCUCUGUAGGUUAACGUUAUUGUUGAUCUCUUCUUGUUUGCAGGAGGUGAUCUUCAAACGUUAAACAAAGAGAAGAGGAAAGGGAGAAAAAAUGGCGGCCAUGAACUCAUCAUCUUUUGGUGUGGUUGCAAUUAUUGCCACCUUUUACGCUAUCGUUCUGCCCGUGGCUCGUGCGACCAGCUUGGCUCCUGCACCGGCACCGGCACCGGCACCGACAUCGGUUUCGGCAUUAACAAGCGAUGGGACAACAAUAGACCAAGGGAUAGCAUACGCUCUAAUGCUGCUGGCAUUAGUGCUCACAUAUCUCAUCCACUAAAUUGUACCGUCCGAUGAUCGAUGAUGAUAGAGAUGGAGGGAAACGGACGGUGCAAGAUCAAGCAAGGAUAAUGUAAAAUCAAUUUGCAAAUUGGACAAGAGUACAUUUAUUUGAGGACUUUGUUGAAUAUUCUUCCAUGUAUAUUGGUUCUCCAACGUUAAAUUUCAUUAAUUAGUAUAUUAAUUUGUAAAUUUCUUGUUUUUCUUCGGUUUAAUAUGACCAAAAGAAAAUACUGGAUGUAGCCAUAUUGGUUAAAACGAAUGUGCUCUCCACAUACACCUAAAUGACAAAUCUUUCUUCCA